GCCUCUCCCUGGGAGAGUACGUUGCGCUGACUGCUGCUGGUGUUUUUGACUUCGAGACUGGCUUGCGGCUCAUCAAGGUUCGCGCCGAGGCCAUGCAGUUCGAACUUUCCGGUGGUCGUCCGGGAGCGAAGGCCCAAGGCAUGUGCCUCGUGGUCGGAAUGGUCAAAGAUGAGGUCGAGCGACUCU